UUUGAGGAUAAGGAGGGGAUCAUGUAAAUCCAAGAAAAAAAGAUUAUCGAUGGAAAGAAUGGCUUGGGUACAUAGUUCCUUUUCUUUCCUUAGGAGGGGAGAUUAAAGAAAUUAAGGGGGGGGGAAUGGUAUUGUGUCUGUGAGAAAAGAUGGUGGUUGUUUUUGCUUUUCAUUUGAUGAAUGAACUCAAUGGGAGAGAGGAUUAUGUUAUCUUUUGCUUUCUUUUUCCUUGGGCGUGUGGAUUGUCUCUAAGGGGGAUGCCUGCUUCUCUGCUCUUUGUAUUUGGUUUGAGUUGUUCAAGGAUUUCCUGUCUAUGGUACGGAGUACACUAUCUAGGCACAGUACUUGAUUUUAUGUACUCGGUACCUGUUCAAAAAGAGAACUAGAAAGAAACCUUCUGACAGGGAAAGUAAGCGCGACAAAUU